AUGCGCGGCCCAAAGUUCCUGUCGCAUAAGGCCGGCUGGCCACCGUAAGAAAGCACGCAAGGGAUUGAAUUCAUUUUCUUGUUUGUUCCCCGGGCGCUCUGGAAUAAUGAGUCGACUAGAGGCGAAGCGUCUGAGGAAGGCGGUCAUUCCUUCCUCUUUACCUCUUGUUGAUCCAUCCCCUGCAAACCUUCAGUCUACUCGCCUCUCUCCCCAUGUCAAUCGCGACGAAUCGUCUUGUUCGGUUUACAUCGCUUCCGGAUGCAGCGUUUACAGAGUGGAGAUCUCAAUGGAAGAUUCUAUUGUUACCAAGGGAAAGGAGAGCCUCCUCAUUCCUGUGCAUGCGCAGGUAAGUGAUUCUUCAUUAGUCAAUCGUUGCCCGCAUCGAGCUGAGAUUCAAAGUGUAGCUCUUGUUGAGAUGGACUGUGAUUCUGGUGUAAUCUUGGGGACAGUGGAUUCUUUUGGUCACCUUAUUGUAUCUCGAAUAGAUGGAAGUGGUCAAGAUAUUGACCUACCUACAUAUUCAGUAUUGCCUCGGGAUUGUGGCGUAGGAGAGGGUAGUUGGGCAGGGAUCUGUUUCAGUCCGAGUCACUGGUCCAUGACAGCUGUUGCUCGUAGCUUCUGUAAAAGCAUAGAUAUUUAUGACCAAGAUAUCCACCUCCAGAGUUUCCAUACCUUGUUGUACCCCUCUUCUUUAUGCUUUCUAAGAAGUUCAUUAUCUGGGGAUGAUUCUUCAAUAUUAGCUGUUGCUGAAGGUUCCCAGCUAACAAUAUGGGACUUGAGAAUGAAGAAUAGUGAUGGUUGUGUACAGAGAGUUUGUGGAUCAGUUGGAGACAUUUUUUAUGCGGUUUGCAGUUCUGCAGUUGGGGAUAUUGCAGUUGGUGGAUCUGAUCGUACUGUAUCCAUAUAUGACCCUCGCAGAUGGUCAGCCUUGUCACGUUGGGUAAACUGCUCAAAAUAUGAGAUAACGGGCCUUGCUUUCUCAUCACUUGAUUCAGAUCAUAUCUACAUACAAGGUGUUGAUUAUGAGGUCUUCUGCGGACAGUGGAAAGAAAGCCAAAAGGUAUUCUCAUUUAGAGGUGACUCAAACUGGUUGGGAUUUAGCAAGGUACAAGAAUCAGCCUCCGCAAACUUCUUUGUGUCCCUGCUGGCUGCAAGGCAUGAUGUGGUAAGAGUUGCUACGGACCUAUAUUCAUUGUUUUUGGAAGGGAUUUGGGAGGAAUAUACUUUCUUGUUUCUCCCUGAGUUAUCCAAUACAUGGUCCUCGUAAUGAUGGCUGUUAUAAUCAUUUAUAAUGGCUUCAUAGGAUUCUCAUUAUCUUAUAGACAUGAUAUAAACAGCCAUUAUAAGUGUUUUCAUGGCCAUUGUGAGUUUAAUUGCAACAGUGAUAACAGUUGAAAGCUUUGGAAUGAAAAGACUAGUUUAGGGAAA